GCUUUUUUCGCCGCCGCAACCUGUCCGCUUAGUCGGCCUCAGCGCCCGCUCGAGGCGUAACAAACCAACGUUCCGAGGGGGUCGCCCCGCGCGCGCCAAGCCAAGCUAACCCGUCCCGUGUGCCGGCCGGAGCACGUUGCGUGCGAGUCGACGUAACUCUUUCUUUCCACGCCUUGCGCCUCGCGAGUCAAAAUUUUGGGAUCCCGGCGCCGCCAAGUUUCUGAGAGCGGUCGAAACCGCCGCGCCGGAUUGUGGCCGUGGACUCGUCGUGGUGUGUGGUGCAGUCGAACUUCGCCUGGAAGACUUCCUCCGCGUGGCCGGCGACUGUGCGCGCGCGAGACCGAAGGGACGAGCUGCCGUGCGGCCGGCGUCCUUCCUGGACGAGCUCCUCCGUCAUCCCUCGUGGUGCGCGUUCGACGAGCUUGUUCGCUCGCUCCCGGCGUCCGUGUUUUGUUGUGCUGGUGUCGGUAUAGUUACGCGCUUCUUCGAAGAAGGAGGGGACGCCGCGUAUCCUCGCACCGUUGUCUAGGAUUUGAACUGCGACGGAACAAGAACCCUGGUACACACGCGCCAGUGAACACGUGACACUCGAGACAACGUUCAUCCGAAGGCUCCCAGAAAAGCGAAUCUGAAUUGGAACUGCCAGUUUACGUUAGGCAAUCGUUCGAGCGCUUCGGAGAAGAGGAAGGAAGUGGCAGGUUGCAUUUCGGAAGAGCAGAAACUUGCCGGGAGAAGGGGGUCGUUCCGGCCGAACCGAGGUGUUGCUGCUGUGUGGCAGAACUCCGAAGUACAAACUAAGCGUGAAGUUCCUUUCGAGGAGCGGAGGGAAGGGAAGACUGGGCCUGUGCGGCUUUCUCUCUCAACAUUACACAACCCCGUUCACACCUCCGUUGCUGUUACUGGGUGCCACUCGUACGUCGUAGGGUUUGGAGCGAGGGCCUCAAGCUCGUGCACUGUGGCCGUGCAUUGACGAUGCCGGAAGUCCUGAAGCCCUCGGCGUGAGCAUGAACCGCCGUCGGCUAGACACGGCUACAACCUUCAAGAAGGUCAAAAAGAAGGACGUGCCUUUUGGCCCCCCUCUCUAAGAAACCACACGGAAAAAGAAAGAAAGUUCAUCAGCCUCGCAAGCGAAACGGUCAUGGAUGCUCCGGAGACGGUUCGUUCUUGAAAGUGCGCGAAGGAAUGGAAAAGUGAAAGUGUUUGACCUCGAUCAUCGGUGAAUUGUGGUUCGCAUUUUUUGGAUAUACUGUCGAAACAGUUGAACGACCGCUACCGGAACGGGCGGAAGCAGGAAUCGUCGCACUGUGUACGACGCAAGCGGCGUGACCCAGGGCAUACAGGAAAGCCGAGUAUCAAACCUGUCAGUGGCCCGGGAAGCCCAGGACCAGAGACGACACACGGCAAUGGAAGCGGCAGCAACGUCAAUCUGACAAGAAAGCCGAGCCUGUCAAGAGCAGAUCUCUCACUAACUGCAGCCAGUGUUUCGUAUGAUGGAAGAUGGAUCGCUGGACCUCAGCAGCCUGCGCGAGUCGGACUUCGAGCAGCUGGCCGUGUACCAGGUGCGGGACCAGGCCUGCGAGGAAGGCCUGUCCAACAGGGCGGAGGCCUCCCUGCCUCGCAACCUGCUGCUCAAGCCCUCCCAGACGCUCAGUGACGUUCUGGGCGUCUGGAGCACGGACUACAUCCCGCGAGGCACACGGUUCGGUCCCUUGAUGGGCGACGUGUACCGCAAGGAUGAGGUUCCCGCCAACGCGAACCGCAAGUACUUCUGGCGAGUGUACGACGGGCCCGAUUCGUUCCACUACGUGGACGGCUUCGACGUCAGCAAGGCGAACUGGAUGCGUUACGUGAACCCGGCCUACUCGAGCGAGAACCAGAAUCUGGUCGCCUGUCAGGUCAAGCAGGACAUCUACUUCUACACCGUCAAGCCCAUCUACCCGAACCAGGAGCUCCUGGUCUGGUACUGCCGGGAGUUUGCGGAACGACUCAGCUACCCCGUCACCGGAGAGCUUAUGCUCCAGAGGAUACGGGAGCAACUGCAGCCAGCGGUCAAGGACGACGCCUACUUCUCCCGGCCGCACCAGCUGACGCCGCCCGAGGGCAGCACUCGCAGCGACGAGGGCUACCACAGCAAUGGCGGUCCUGAGGACGGCCUCACGCCUCCCGAGGACAGCAGUGACAGCGACAGCGACAACUAUGUGCUCGACUUCAGCGUCAAGGCUAAGCGCAAGCAGCCGCCCGCGGGCGGCGGCGACAAGGCGGAGAAGCGAGACGACAAGUGCGAGUCGGUCGCCGUCGUCGCUGCCGAGCAGCAGCAGCCCGACAAGUCGUCGCAGAACGAGUUCCGGAAGGUCAAGAUCAAGAUGCCCAAGGCGUACCACUACCGCAGCGGCGGGGCCGGCACGCCCCCGCCCGCGGUGGUCACCACCAGCGACGAGAACCCGAGGCCCAACAGCUCGAGCUCGCCGGGCGCCGCCUCGAGGCGGCACGACGACGAGAAGCGACUGGGCGCGCUGCACGAGCCAGCCAGUCCCAAGUACGCCAGCGCGCCCCGGUUCACUGAGGACGUGCUGGAGCGUAGCGCGAGCUCGGCCUUCUCCACCUACGAGGGCAUGGGCCAGAGGAUCUCGCCGCAGAGCCCCAAGGGUCCUCCGGCUCCUGGCAUUCUCGAGAACUUGCUCCUGCAGCGGUACCAGGAGCGCGCCGCCGCGGGCCCGGAGGCGCCCGCGCUGCGGCGCGAGUCGCUCAAGGAGCCCGUGCGGGUCAUCGUGUCCAGCGAAGUGUCGCCGCCGGCCGCUCCGGACACCUCGGGCGAGGGAGGCCACCAGCCGGGGCCGCCGCCGCCACUCGUGUUCCCGCACAAGAAGAGCAUCCGCUACCACCCGGGCAGCAGCAGCAACGGAGGCAGCCCCGAGAUGCACAGUCCCGACUCCACGGACAAAGCGCACCAGCAGCCCGCCGUGUCGUCUGCCGUGAGCCCCGGCUACGGCGUGCCGGGCUCGGCGCCGGCGAACUACCUCUACAUGAACGGCAUCGCGCCCAUGUUCUCGCCGGCGCACUUCAACAUGUACGCGUACUCGGUUCCCGAGACUGUGCACUCGUCGCUCGCGUCCCCGUCGGCGGCCAUGCCACCCUACCCGAAGUUGCCCGAGUUUGGCGGGCACCACGGCCCUCACCACGCGAUGCUGCCCAUGUCCGCGGAGAGCGGCAAACUCCCGCCUUCCGGCGGCAGCUCGCCCGGCAGCAACAGGCCCUACUCGCCGGGCUCCAACCCUCGGGGUUACCGGUCGUUGCCGUACCCGCUCAAGAAGAAGGACGGCAAGAUGCACUACGAGUGCAACAUCUGCUACAAGACCUUCGGCCAGCUGUCCAACCUCAAGGUGCACCUGCGCACGCACUCCGGAGAGCGACCGUUCACGUGCUCCGUGUGCGGCAAGACGUUCACGCAACUGGCCCACCUUCAGAAGCACCACCUGGUGCACACGGGCGAGAAACCGCACCAGUGCGACGUCUGCAAGAAGCGCUUCAGCAGCACCAGCAACCUCAAGACGCACCUGCGGCUCCACUCGGGCCAGAAACCGUACGCCUGCGACCUCUGCCCGGCCAAGUUCACCCAGUUCGUGCACCUCAAGUUGCACAAAAGGUUGCACACCAACGAGAGGCCGUACACUUGCCAGACAUGCAAGAAGAAGUACAUCAGCGCCUCGGGUCUGCGGACGCACUGGAAGACCACGUCGUGCCAGCCCAACAUGGUCCUGGACAUGGAGCUCGACAAGGGUCCCAACGGCUACGACUAUGGUCCCAUGGAACUGUCCCCUCCUCCGCCCCAGGCGAUGGAGAGGCACCCCGCGGGCCUGGCUCACCACGGGCUCGGCCCGGCCAGCCCCGGUGACGAGUACCCCCCCGCGUUACACCACGCGCCGCCACCACCUUCGAGCAAGGAGAGCGACUACCCGUCGUCCUACCACCGCUCCGAACGCGCCAAGACGUCGGUCAUCACCAGCGGCCCGGCGUCGCCCGACGACGACCUCUCCAAGAAGUGCCACCCGACGCCCGACAGAGACAAAGAGUGACUGUGCGCGCGUGCGAGCGCUUCUGCGCGCAGAAUCGUUUGUGCGCGAACUCUGUACAAAGCAAAACUCAAGUCAUGGGCCCGGGUGGCCGCUCUCACAAAAUCGCGCAACGCGGCGUCGGGCGCGCGCGUGCUCGGUGUCUCUCCCUCUCCCUCUCACCGGUCUUCAACCGAGACCGUAUUUAUUGUUUCGCGCGGCCGAGACGCGGGGGGCUGCGGGCCGGCCGGCCCCUCUUUCCAUA